UGUGAGAGAGCUGAAAGAGCAGGCAGAGCAGCCACAGUGAUUUUCUUAGGGUCUUUUUUUUCUUUCUUAAUUUAAUUUUUUCCCCCUCGUGCCUGGAUUUUAAGACUGUCAGCUGCACUGAUCACAAGCACUGGACAUCAAUAUGUGUCAUGUCAUUGUAACAUGUCGGUCAAUGCUAUGGACUCUCCUGAGUAUUGUGGUGGCUUUUGCAGAGCUCAUUGCUUUUAUGAGCGCAGACUGGCUGAUUGGCAAAGCAAAGCCUUCAGGCUCCGAGGAUGUGGACAACAGAACGGGGGGGUCGCAGGAGCCUUAUCAUCCAACGCUGGGCAUCUACGGGCGCUGCACCAGAAUCUCCCACUUGCAGCUUUCUAGACGAGACACGCUUUGUGGUCCUUAUGCCGAAAACUUCAAUGAGAUUGCCAGUGGGUUCUGGCAGGCAACUGCUAUUUUCCUAGCUGUGGGAAUCAUGAUUCUCUGUGCCGUGGCAUUUGUGUCUGUCUUUACGAUGUGCGUGCAGAGCAUUAUGAAGAAAAGCAUUUUUAAUGUCUGUGGACUGCUACAAGGGAUUGCAGGCCUCUUCCUUAUCUUAGGCUUGAUACUUUACCCUGCAGGUUGGGGAUGCCAGAAAGCAAUAAGCUAUUGUGGACCUUACGCUUCUGCUUACAAACUAGGAGAUUGCUCCUUGGGCUGGGCUUUCUACACAGCUAUUGGUGGCACUAUUGUGACGUUCAUCUGUGCAGUCUUCUCGGCGCAAGCUGAAAUAGCCACGUCCAGUGACAAAGUGCAAGAAGAAAUAGAAGAAGGAAAAAACCUUAUCUGCCUCCUUUAACUCCAGUGGGGAAGAAUACCAGUGCGGGGAUCUUAAUCUGCUUUCCAUUGACUGGACAAGCAGAUCUGCUUACCUAUUUUUGUGUGAUUGAGCCCCAUGCAUUCCAGACCCGAACUACUGAAAUGGUCUUUCUCCCUUGCUGGGCAAUGAGGAUCAGAGAACUGAUCCCAAGAAAGCAGAAUGUAAACACUUGGGGAUUUUUUUUUUUAGUUUCAUUUUAUGAUAUUUUAUGAUCAGGACACAUAUUAAUCUGACUGGGGAGGUGAGGAAUCAUGUAUAUAGCAGGAAUGUU